AUGGACCUCGUCAAGCGAGACGUCUUCAGGAGGCCCGACGUGUUCUGUACCAUAUCUGCCAACAUAAACGGCCAAUGGGAAGAUAUAAACACAAAAACGGUCGAAGACAAUACAUCCCCCGUUUGGAAUGAAUCCUUCAUCAUCACAACGAGCCCGACAGGCAUCAUCUGGAUACGAUUAUUCGAUGCCUCGAGAUAUUCUAGACGACGCGAGCAGGCUGGUCUCGGCGUCGUUCAGGUCUCUCUCUCGUCUAUAAAUCUGAACGCUCGUGACGUUAUUGGAUAUGAACUCAAGAAAGGUCCCGAUAAUCAACAUGUCUCGGGCCGUAUUCUCCUUCAGAUUGGAUACGCACGCCAACCACAGGGCUCACCGUCGCCUGUUCCCUCGCCCAUGCACGCACCUGGUCAUCGGCCAUAUUCCCAGAGCCCACAACAUCUUGCUCCAACUCAGGGCUCUCAUCAACCAUUCCAUGCCCCACGUCCGCACUCUCCCUUUCAUCCUACUCAGCCACAACCGACGAUGCAACAACAAGCACCAUGGGCGAAUGCCGGCCCGGCAGUAAAUCCAGCUGCAAAUCUGGCGAGGCAAGGCAGCAUGAGCAUGCAGGGUGCCGCUGCUGGUGGUAUGCGGCGUCAGGGGACGAUUACACGUCGACCCGUCGAGGGUGCAGACAUAGGGCGCGCAAUGGAACAAUUUUCGCAUCGUACGUUUGCAGAUAAUCUGGAAAGCACCCCUCCUGCACCCUCUCCAACGGCGGAUACUCUCGGCCCAUUGCCACCUGGAUGGUCGGUUCGUCGAGCGCCCUCUGGGCGGGUUUAUUAUGCGGACAGCAAUACACGGACCACGACUUGGGAGGAUCCGAGACUGCUCAGACGAUCGGCCACGACUACGGGGAACACGACGACCGGUGGCGAGCAAAGGCAACAACCAGAUGUCGGUCGAAGUGCAUCUACAUCAUCCACAGGCUCGGCGUCGGCACCAGCGCCUGCUUUGCCCCCAAAUGCCAAUCCUGACCCUUUGCCUUCUGGCUGGGAGAUGAAAAUGACGCCCCAGGGCAAAAUUUAUUUUGUCGACCAUAACACGAGGACGACUACGUGGGAGGAUCCAAGGCUCCCUUCAGAGCUUGCGGAUGAUGUGCCACAGUUCAAGCGUGAUUUCCGCAACAAGCUCAUCAACUUCCGCCGCCAGCCACCAAUGCUGAUGGGCCAAGGCUUUGUGGACAUCAAAGUCCGCCGAUCCCAUCUGUUCGAGGAUGCCUACAGGGAGAUAAUGACAAAGACACCCGAACAGCUCAAGAAGCGGCUGCGCGUUCAGUUUGAAGGCGAGAUUGGUGCAGACUUUGGAGGUGUAUCGAGAGAGUUCUUCUUCCUCUUGUCGCAUGAAAUGUUCGAUCCCCAAUACUGCCUCUUCGAAUUCUCCGCCCACGACACAUAUACCCUCCAAAUCAACCCAAUGUCCGGCGUCAAUCCAGAACAUUUGAACUAUUUCAUGUUCAUUGGCCGUGUGAUUGGGAUGGCCAUCCACCAUCGACGGUUCCUCGACGUCUACUUUAUCAGUAGUGUUUACAAGCGCAUGAUCGGUAAACCAGUCACGCUUCCAGAUCUGGAGAGCGUGGAUGAUGAACUCUAUCGAAGUCUUGCCUGGUGUUUGGAAAAUGACAUCACAGAUGUUUUGGAAGAGACGUUUACAGUCAUUGAUGAACGAUUUGGCGAAACUCUCACCAUCGAACUCAUACCCGGAGGCGCGGAUAUUCCCGUCACAGAAGAAAACAAAAAGGAGUUUGUCAGGCUCAAAGUGGAGUUUAUCAUGCUGCGGCGAGUAGAAGAGCAGUAUGCAGCCUUCAUGGAAGGAGUCCACAACUUUAUUCCUAAAGACCUUUUAUCAACCUUUGAUGAGCGAGAAGUCGAGCUCUUAAUUGGUGGCAUUGCCCAAAUUGAUGUCGAGGACUGGGUCAAAUUCACAGACUAUAAAGGAUACACGGCGCAAGACCAGGUGAUUCAGUGGUUCUGGCAAAUCAUACGCUCUUGGUCGGACGAAAAGCGAUCGCGCUUGCUUCAAUUCGCCACUGGUACCUCGCGUGUGCCUGUAAACGGCUUCAAGGAUCUACAAGGCGCAGAUGGCCCGCGUCGGUUUACAAUUGAAAAGAGCGGGGAUCCUUCUAUGCUGCCUAAGAGUCACACUUGUUUCAACAGAAUCGACCUUCCACCAUACCUGGAUUCACAAAGUUUGGAGAAACGUUUAACCAUUGCUAUCGAGGAGAGCGGUUCGUUCGAGCAAGAGUAG